CACUCGAACCACAUUGACGGCCGCUGUGAGAAGCUACACACACAUACAUUAAACCAAUAAAUUAAAUCCAGCUGCGAGUUGCUUCUCUGUCAAAGGGCAUUCUACUAAGAAGCUACAAUGCGUGAAUGCAUCUCUGUGCACGUAGGCCAGGCUGGUGUCCAGAUGGGGAACACCUGUUGGGAGCUCUACUGUCUGGAACACGGCAUCCAGUCGGACGGACAGAUGCCCGACCGCAAGCCUGUGGGAGGCCACGACGACUCCUUCACUACCUUCUUCAGUGAGACUGGGGCUGGGAAAUACGUCCCCAGGGCAAUCUUUGUUGACCUGGAACCAACUGUUAUUGAUGAGGUGCGCACAGGAACCUACCGUCAACUAUUUCACCCGGAACAGUUGAUCUCAGGCAAGGAAGAUGCAGCCAACAACUACGCCCGUGGAAACUACACCAUCGGCAAAGAGAUAAUUGACUCUGUCCUGGAUAAAAUCCGCAAAGUGGCUGAUCAGUGCACAGGGCUUCAAGGUUUCCUCAUCUUCCACUCCUUUGGUGGAGGUACUGGCUCAGGUUUCACCUCCCUGCUGAUGGAGAGACUUUCUGUUGAUUACGGAAAGAAAUCAAAGCUUGAGUUUGCCAUCUAUCCGGCCCCCCAGAUCUCCACCGCAGUGGUGGAACCUUACAACGCCAUCCUCACCACCCACACCACCCUGGAGCACUCCGACUGUGCCUUCAUGGUGGACAACGAGGCCAUCUACGACAUCUGCCGCAGGAACCUCGACAUCGACAGGCCAUCUUACACCAACCUGAACCGGCUCAUGAGUCAGAUUGUGUCUUCAAUCACAGCCUCGCUUCGCUUUGAUGGAGCCCUGAAUGUUGACCUGACAGAGUUCCAGACCAAUUUGGUGCCUUACCCUCGUAUCCACUUCCCUCUGGCCACCUAUGCUCCAGUCAUCUCUGCAGAGAAAGCCUACCAUGAGCAGCUGUCUGUUGCUGACAUAACCAACGCUUGCUUUGAGCCAGCCAACCAGAUGGUGAAGUGUGAUCCUCGUCAUGGUAAAUAUAUGGCCUGCUGUCUGCUGUAUCGUGGUGAUGUGGUGCCCAAAGAUGUCAACACUGCCAUUGCUGCCAUCAAGACCAAACGCACCAUCCAGUUUGUGGACUGGUGCCCCACAGGCUUCAAGGUGGGCAUCAACUAUCAGCCUCCAACGGCGGUUCCUGGAGGAGACCUGGCCAAGGUGCAGAGGGCUGUGUGCAUGCUGAGCAACACCACAGCCAUCGCAGAGGCCUGGGCCCGGCUGGACCACAAAUUUGACCUCAUGUACGCCAAGAGAGCUUUCGUCCACUGGUAUGUUGGGGAGGGCAUGGAAGAGGGAGAGUUCUCAGAGGCCAGAGAGGACAUGGCUGCCCUGGAGAAGGAUUAUGAAGAGGUUGGGAUUGAUUCCUUUGAAGAGGAUCAGGAAGGAGAGGAAUAUUAGAUGGUUUAAGAUGACAUUUGCCAAUUAUUUUCACUGAAAAAAUAGUCGAUUUUUACAUGGACAAUAUUUAGGAAAUGGAACACAUUUUCCAAAUUAUUUUCCAAAUUUAGAAAUAUUCUGUACUUUUUAUUUUUUAUAUUUGAUCUAACUGGAAGGUUCCUAUGUUGUACCAUCAAAUUUAUUUUUGAGAGCUUUUGUCUCAAUUUCUACCUAUUCAUUUAUUUGUUUUAUGAAAAAGAAAAAAAAGUUGUUCAAAAACUUGGUAUUUAUUAUUCUGAAACCUGUGUGGGCAAAAUAAAUAUUUCCACAAAAUA